AGACCGGUGCUUCAACCUGGUGGAAGCCAACAGCAGUCUGAACAAGAGAUACGAAGGCGUGUCCAGUUAGAGAUGGAGCAGUCGCUUCUCAAGGAACCACAGGCGAAGGAUGGUGUAAAUUCAAGGACAACUGGAACGAGUGCGACAGCUUCUUCGUCUUCAACGAAUCAACACGGGGGCGGGGGGCAAAAGAGUUGCUAUAGUUAUCAGCAACAGCACCAGCACGGUGGUUUCGCCAGCAGCACAUCUUCGAGCUCAUCUUCUACAACAUUGUCAAGCAAUUCUGUCAAAAAGAUUUACAACAACUCGUAUUGCUCACUGACCCCGCAGAUGCCAAUGCGAUUGCAGAGUCGGAGUGCUAGCCUGAAAGAUUUUUCCACUUUGUGGAACACGACAAAGAACAAUUAUCAUAUCACAAGUAGUACGACUAAUUUGCUGGUCCCUCCAACAGCUUCAUCACAGGCAGGCGGGACGAUUAUACAGUCUGGCCCGUCUGGUUCUGCUGCUGCAGAAAAAGUACAUACUGUUGAAGCGUCGGUGGUGAACGCUUCAGCCGCUGUAGUUCCUCAAUCUCAAGCUCAGCCGGAACAAGUAGCUGCAGUUGCUGCAGGAAACACUUCUCCAUUUGCAUUACCUCAGCAGGGGACGACUGCAAAUUAUUAUACAACUAGUGACGGAGCAGGAGCACAUGCAAAUGGGACCACGACGACCAGCACGACGACUACCCGCGUUGUACGGCGUAGUGCCUCUGAACGUCGGAUACUAAAUUAUACAACACCUGCUUCUACUUUCCCUCUGCUAGGAGGAAGUCGUGGGAGUGCUACUUUACUACCACAGAGGCAGAAUCAACCUGGCAUGUUGUAUGGAACGAAAAUCUGUUAUCAUUGUCAAGUUUCUUAAGUAGAAAAGUACGAUAAUGAUAACAGAUUUUGGUUUCAUAUGUUGUCUACCUCCUCAGCAAGUGGCUUAAACAGAAACUACACUGCUUCUGGAAGCAGUACUAGCACGACGGGGAUUCACCUCUAUCAGUACAGUACCCCUACCUUGGAUUUCCGACCUCCGCUUAAGGCAACAGGAUUCCUAUAAAUAAUCAUGAUCUUUCAUGAUCAUGUUCGUGUCUAAACAAGUACAAGAUCAACAAGUACAUCAAGGCAACUAAAAAAAUUCAAAGUGACAAUUAAGCAUUGGACAUUGGUGACUUUCAUCCCUUACUUAUAAAAUAUAGUCGUGAAGAAAUAGAAAUGACUUUUCUAACUCAAUGACCACGACAGGAGUUCCUCUUCCUCAAGCUAUUGGAGCUCAUCCUCCAGUGCCAGCACCGUUGUUAUUCGCUACGUCGACAAAGAACGACUUUCGCAAAAUCAAACUGAAACCGUACGAAGAACACGUCGCAACAUCCAGUUGUGUGAUGAAGAACAACUCUGCCUCGUCAAGUACCUCAGCAACCUUGAUGUCAGCUCUCCAUUCGGUGCCUCCAGUUGGAUCAGUGUUGCAUCAGCCAACACAGACCACGACCCACGAUGGCAUUCCUGCAUCAACCCAGGAUAUAAUGACUUCUGGUGCUGUACCAGCAGGAGCAUCAAAACAGAGCUUAGAAAGUACCGAGACCGUUUUGCCACAUCAGGAACAACUCAGCAAAGGAACGAUGGCAAAGCAGGCUACAGCGGUACUUCUAAGAAUUCUAUGUAUUUGAUUUCUGGAAUGGCUAGUCGUGAAGAUAAUCAGUGGUUUUAGUAGAGGAUGACUAGCAGUAGGGCCGUAUGAUGAUGAUUAUGAUGAUGAUGAUGAACACGAAGUAGAUAGUCAUCCUGUUUUUCAGCAAGCGUUAGUUCUUCAGGUCGCACAUGAUGACCAUGGAGAACAAGCUCAUUGUAGUCACCUGCAAACGCUUAGGGAGAUCGAGGUACCGGAGGAACAGGCAGGUCUCCACCCAAUAGCAGCAGAUCAACACGGUCCAUCUGAGGUGGACCCACUACAAACUACUCACGAUGAAGCGAGCACAUUGCAGCUACAUAAACAAGAAGGACCCGAACGACCCGAAGUAGAUGCACUAGUUGUGGCACUAGAGCAUGAGGAUGACAACCACAAGACGACGUCCAAAACUUUGACAUUAGGGGUCGAUCAAGGUCAAGAGUCCUCGCAUGUGCUUCAACAAGGAGAUCUUACUUCUACUGCUGGUCUCCCAAAAAUGGAACAAGACGAGCAGGAGCAAAAAAUAAUCGUCCACGUUGGUGCCGCUCAGCAAUAUCACCAGCAGGAAGAGGAGCUUAGCGUGUACACGAGAUCCAGAACGGAGAUGAUUCAUCAGAAAAAGAGAAAUGUAGAAUCGGUUCCUCCUCCACCUCCCGCAACAAAAGACGAGCAGCUAGGUCGCAACGCAAUGACACGACAGCGAAUACAGAGUCAAAUGACCGCUGUGAAGGAUCGUAUACGAGAGGCGGAGGCAGCUGUGGACCGUCUAGACAAACGGGCUAAGUACAUGGAAGCCCAACUGCGACAAGCGAGGAAUGAGUUGGAGGUAGGAUUGAUGUUUAAUGAAUGUUGAUGUUGUUGUUGUUGUUGAAGCCAUGAUUAAGAUUGUUGGAUGUCAUGGAUAAGCUAUGAUUAAGAUUGUUUGAUGAAGAUUCACACCAGAGAAAUACAACUACUACAACUAGGAUUAUGUGCUGGAGGAUGAUGUGCUUCGACCAAGUGUUAAAAAAGUACUUACAUACGCGAACGCCGAGGAGAAUACUCUACAUUCAUUCUGAGCAGGAAGAUCAUAAUUAUCCAUCCUGUCGAGACGUCGUGGUCUUUUCGUCUGUCGUAGGAUCUAACCUCAACCGCAUUUGGCCGAAUGCAUUUGAAUUCUGGAAGGCAUGCUCGUCAGCAAGGUAAGGUGCGGAAGCUCGCAGACGACUGCAGCUUAGCCAACAGGGAAAGGAGCGAUGCGGCAGAUAGAUUAAACGAAGAGCGAAAGAAGUUUUAUGCAUUGUGGUGGAUAAGAUAAGGAUAUAUAACGUGAACAAUGAAUCUGAGUCUCUCUCUCUACCAUGUAGUUGUAAUGUUGAUAGAAUAGAUGAGAUCAUUUUCCGUUUUCUACUCAUACUUUGUCCUACCACUUCUACUUGUGUUCGUGCCCAUGAACACUGGUGUUUGUGACUGACUCCAUAGGAGAGCGCUUGAAAAGUUUCUUUCCCAUUCUAAUUCUCUGCGACGCUACGAAAGAGAUGGCAGGCUUGUCGGGAUAAGGCUUCUGGCGUAUUGAAGGAAAUGACCCUGGAACAUCAGAUACUUGUUUCAUCUUCUAUUUCUAGCAGCGGAGCAGGUCAGACCGGUGAGCACCUUGUUCAUCAGUCUUCUAGGGAUGCUUCUAGCAUUGCUCACGCUGACGGUAGCCUUGUUGAACAGGGGGUGGAAACAAGAACGGGAACAAUCAGGGCGUUAGUAUUAUGGGUGUAGGGAAUUCAUCUCCAAAGUCAUCUGGAAGAGAAAGACAAGAGGAAAAAGGGACCCAAAUGAUCCCUGAGAUGAAUUCCCGAUACCUCUAAUAGUAGAAGGUUUGGAUGGGCAGGAGCGUCAUGCUGGACCUGGAGUAGAUGCAGCAGGACUAGUGAAUCAGAACAGCCUCUUCUGCAACACUAAUCAGGGAGAAACAAGUAAGAUGGUACUAGGACAAUUUCAGACCUCACCUCUAGUGAGAAGUCUGAAACAAAUGAAGCCUGUUCAGUUAUUGACAUCCUCAACGAGUCUGAAGUCACUAGGCGCGAAGCCCGAAGAUCACGAGGCCACUGCGACUGGAAAUGGUUGCUUAUUUGCGCCACCAGAUAGAACUGCGACUUCGUCGAGAAGAAUCGUGUCAACUGCAGCAAGUAGUGCGGACUUAGUUCUUGCACCACCUAGUUGUGCUGGCACUGGUAAUGGUGGAACAUCUUCCUUAUUCCAACAAAAACAAUAUCAACAUAAGCAUUGUUCGAGUACUGCUGCUUCCGGGAGUACUAGACUUGUCCCACCCGCUUCAUCUGGACCAGCACUAUCACAAGGAACAGCACAAGCUGUCUGUAUUAGCAACAAUCUGCAAUUUGGUAUUGAUCCGAGUCCAUCGCCGUCUCCUCCAAUUACCACAUCUUCAGCUUCGUCUGGUGGUACAGCUGUUGCUGAGUCCAGCAGAGCUUCAAAUCUAAAACCUCCAAGUGGAAGCAGCUCUAGAGGUAGAGCUCAGGGUUUGUCUAGUAGUACUCUUCAUUCUUCUUCGAAGGCAGCUUCCGCUUCAUCCCGAAGUAAUCUUGGAGCAAAAAAUCAGCGACGAAGCACUAGCAAUCUACGGAGAGCUCCGGAAGACUCUCCACUGGAUCCCCAAGUGCUUGUUUUUCAGCCCACACCUACAACUAUGACUGGCGGAGGGCCCUCUAGGCUACUCGAAGCAGCUUUGGCGACCGCAGAAAAACAAUUGCAGAUGGAUCGGACUAGUUCUAAUAGUCGAAGCAAAAGUUCUUUGAGGAAGCAGAAAUAGGAACAAGACCUUUGAUUUGCAUCUGUUGUAAACUCCGACCGCCACUGCGGUGGAAGGAAAACACUAUGAUGAUUUUCAGUGUGUGCCAGCUCCAGUAUCCAAUGAUGAACAAAAGAAUUGGCCUAGUACUAGUACGUAUGAUGUAUGAAUAUUAACCUAAUAUUUUAUUGUACAACUAAAAGUAGAUUAUUUACAGUUUUCUUUCCUUGCUUCAACUUGAUGUACGAUGACGAAAACUCGUGAAGGACAAGAAUGCUGUUACAGGGUUCGAAGAAAUGAGCAUUUCCUGUUGUCCUCAACGAAUACGGAGACCACCGCCUCGAU